GUACAGCACUGACCGCCUGGACUGCAGGAGGAGGAGCUGAGGGAGAACCGGCUCUACCGGUGACGCCUCACACUGUAAUGUCCUUCUUAUUAACUACAAAAUCACAGCGCCACAAACACACGGACACACCAGCAGCCAGAGCGUUCAGGAGACAGGUCAGAAUCCGCCAGAAUGACUAAUACCGUACGCCGCCUCGUCUCCAAAGACGGACGCAGCAACGUAAAAAUUGACAAUGUGGAGGGCAUGGUCAAACUCUUCCUGCAUGACCUCUGGACGACGGUGGUGGACAUGAAGUGGCGUUAUAAGAUCACGCUCUUCGCCUCCACCUUUGUCAUGACGUGGUUCGUGUUCGGUGUGCUCUUCUACCUCAUCGGCCUGAGGAACGGAGACUUCCAUGCAGACCCGUCCUCCAACCACACACCCUGCGUCAUGAACGUGCACACACUGACCGGAGCGUACCUGUUCUCCCUGGAGACCCAGACCACCAUCGGCUAUGGGUUUCGGCACGUGUCGGAGGAGUGUCCGCUGGCCAUCGGGGCACUGGUGCUGCAGCUGGUGCUCACAGGGCUGGCUGAGAUCUUCGUGACCGGAGCCUUUCUUGCCAAACUAGCACGGCCUAAGAAGCGUGCGGGAACCAUCAAGUUCAGCCGGUGUGCGGUGGUGUGCCGGAGGGGCGGACGCUGGUGCCUGAUGGUGCGUGUGGCCAACAUGCGGAGCAGCCUGCUGAUCCAGUGCCAGCUGUCAGGGAAGCUGCUGGCGCCGCACGUCACACUGGAGGGCCAGAAAACACUGGUACACCAGACCACGGUGGACUUCCAGAUGGACUCCAGUGGAGAGUGUCCUUUCCUGCUGCUCCCGCUCACCUUCUACCACGUGCUGGACGAGAGGAGCCCGCUGGCGGACCUUACCGCACACAGCCUGCAGAAACGGGACUUUGAGCUACUGCUGACGCUGAAUGCCACCGUGGAGUCCACGGCCGCAUCCUGCCAAAGUCGCACCUCAUACCUGCCGCAGGAGAUCCUGUGGGGGCAGGAGUUCAGGCCGGUGCUGGCCAACACCAGCGGGACACUGAGCGCAGACUUCAGCCUCUUCCACAGUGUGCAGAUCUGCAGAGAACAGAGUCACACUGCGGAGAAGAUGCAGCUGGAGGAGGAGUACAGAGGGGGACAGGGGCAGUGAGGGGACAGAGGAGGAGUAAAGAGGGGGACAGGGGCGCUGAGGGGACAGAGGAGGAGUACAAAGGGGGACAGGGGCAGUGAGGGGACAGAGGAGGAGUACAGAGGGGGACAGGGGCGCUAAGGGGACAGAGGAGGGGUAAAGAGGGGGACAGGGGCAGUGAGGGGACAGAGGAGGAGUACAGAGGGGGACAGGGGCAGUGAGGGGACAGAGGAGGAGUACAGAGGGGGACAGGGGCAGUGAGGGGACAGAGGAGGGGUAAAGAGGGGGACAGGGGACAGAGGAGGAGAAGGAGUACAGAGGGGGACAGGGGCGGUGAUGGGACAGAGGAGGAGAAGGAGUACAGAGGGGGACAGGGGCGGUGAUGGGACAGAGGAGGAGGAGGAGUACAGAGGGGGACUGGGGUGCUGAUGGGACAGUGGAGGAGUGUAGGGGGUCAGCGGGGCUGCUCACAGCUCUGUCUUCUGGGUUGUUUCUCUGACAGAUGCAGCUUCUGUGGCUGUUUUAGACGAGUAGUUUGAUGUUUCUCUUCAAUAAAUGAGACUUUCCUGUACAAUAUCUGUGUGUUAAACUCAACUCCAGCUCCGCAGAGAAGACACAUUAUAGAGUUCAUGACUGUUGUGGCAACAGAGACGCUCGGACAGCGUGUGUGUGUGUUCUGCUGGUGAAUGAGUGUGUGUGUGUGUGUGUGUUGGGUCAACAGUCCCUGGUCUGUUUAUUAAAGUAACAAUAGACAAUGUGGGUGUUUCUUUAUCCAGGAGAAAAUACUUUAUUAAAUUGAUUCAGUAGAAAAUCA